AUGGCAGCUGCAAACACCCUCUUCCCCUACCUCCGAAAGGACCCCUCUGAACUUCCAGAAGGCGAAGAUCCAUUCACCAUCACAACCCGCACUGGCUAUCUCCCCUUUUCUCUCCCUCUUACAAAACUCCCAUCCCAAUUCGAUCCUGUUUCGAAUCUUCUUGAUGAGAUUCCUAUUCAGAAACAAGAUGGUACGCCUGGUCUUUUGGCUACGUAUGGACUUGGUGAUGUUAUCGACAAUGGCGGUCUUCCUGAUUUGACGCAUGAGAUUGAUAAUCUGGUCGUCAAGGGGACUGACAAAAAGGAUAUGGCUGCUAUUACGGCUGCGUUUCGGGAUUAUAGCUUUAUUGCUUCGAGUUAUCUUCUUGAGCCGUGUUGGGAGCAUUAUUCUAAGAGUGAUGAUGGGGGGUAUGGGCUUGGAAGAUUUACUCUUCCUAAGUGUAUCGCUGGUCCUCUCGUCAAGUGUGCCGAGAUCCUCGACAUCCCUGCCUUCAUGUCCUACGCCGCUUCAUACGCUCUCUACAACUACUAUCUCGUCCACCCCGAACAAGGCCACGACGACUACAACAACCUCCGUCUCAUCCGCGCCUUCGAAAAAGGUCUCGAUCCCAAAUCCUCUGAAGCAGGCUUCAUCCUCACACACAUCCACAUGGUCGCCCAAACAGGCGGUCUCAUCGAAGGAGCCGUAGACCUCCUCGCAGCAACCGAAAAAACAAACACCGCUGAAGCAAAGGCUAGUCUGGAACUUAUCCUCAACGCCAUGCAGAUCAUCGAAACAAACAUGGAGGGAAUGUGGAGUCAGUCUCUUCCCAAGGAUUACAUGACUUACCGAACUUUCAUCUACGGUAUUACCAAGCAGUCCAUGUUUCCUGAGGGUGUGGUUUAUGAGGGACAGUAUGAUGAUAAGCCUCAGUUUUUCAGAGGUGAAUCCGGUGCUAAUGAUGCGAUUAUUCCUCUUUUGGAUCACAUCUGCGAAGUCCCCAUGCCCAAGAACCCAUUGACGGAGAUUCUCAUUGAGUUCAGAGAAUACAGACCCAAGCCUCACCGCGCAUUUCUCAAAUACGUCCGCGAAACAGCCGUCGACGUUGGGGUCCGAGAUUUCCUCACAAAGUCCGGCGACAUGGGUCUCGCAGUCUUGUAUCUCCGUCUUCUGGAUCACAUUCGAAGUUUCAGAUGGCGACACUGGAUGUUUACCCGCGAGUACAUCAUCAAGCACACACUCCAUCCCACAGCUACCGGUGGAAGUCCGAUCAUCACAUGGCUACCCAACCAGCUCGGUGCCGUGAUGGAUCUGAUGGAGGAGGUAGCCAAGGGAUCUGGUCUUUGGGCAGUUUUGGAGGAGGGUGUUUGGAAUGGAGGUGGUUCUUUGAGCCAGGAGGAUUAUAUCUUGGUCAAGAAGAUUAUGGAGAAUGUGGUGACCAAGAAGGCUCAGUUGACCAAGGAGGUUAACAAGUAUUGCCAGGAUCGGGGGGUCUAA